AACAUUUAAUAUCAGUUCCGUGAACGAAAGUGACUUGAAUAACGUGACUGUAAAAUAUUUUUUAACAUCAUUUAACACAAUUUAACAUUAAUCAGUGACACUUGUUUUUGAAUCGUUCACUGUGUACGUAGAUAUUUUAUUAUAAAUAAUGUUGUAUAUUCUGUGAUUGUAUUUUACAAUAGCAGAUACAUCUGUUAGUGCAUAUAGGUGUUGUUUUUAUUGAGAUUCCACCGGGCUGCCGCAAUGCUGCCGAUAUUUUCUUCGUUUGGGCCUUUUGUCAGACAGUACAUUAUUGUAAUUAUUGCAAAUCUCUCUCUAUACACGAGUGGUCUCGGUGUGGGAUGGAACUCUCCGGUCAUCGUCAAAUUACAAGAUGAAAACAACCCCGUGUACGAAAAACCCAUUACAGAUAAUGAGGCCUCCUUGAUCGUAUCACUGGGACUUAUUGGUGGUAUUACAGCCAACGUGGUCGCUGCUUAUUUAGUGGACAAUUUAGGAAGAAAGAAGUCAAUUUUACUGGCUGCGGCACCAAGAAUAUUUUGUUACACCCUAAGCUACUUUUCCGUCGCACCAUGGAUGAAUUAUGUGGCAAGAAUUGUGGGUGGCACUGGCGAUGGUCUGAGUUUCUGCAUUGUUCCCAUGUAUGCAUCUGAAAUUGCCAGUAAAGAAAUCCGUGGUGCGCUGGGUACAAUGUUUCAGAUAUUCUCAUCGCUCGGUAUUUUGACGAUGCUCUCUGUGGGUCCGUUUCUGGACUACUACACCGUCAACAUUGUUUGCAUCGUCCUUUGCGUGGUCACAACUAUUCCGAUGUUAAUUAUACCUGACAGUCCGUAUUUCUUACAUAAACAAGGUAACGUCGAAGAAGCAGUAAACGUCCUAACAUUCCUGCGAGCUUCAGAGUCCGAAGUGAAAGAGGAAGUACAAGAAUACGAAAACGACAAGGGAGUGACAAACAUGACAUUCCGAGAGCUGUUUAAAACAUCCAACUUGCCAAUUCUGAAGAUAGUAGGCAUAGCUGUAUGCAUCGGUGUUGGGAGUCAGAUCACUGGAUACAAUGCCAUUGCUAUGUUUUUGCAAGCGAUAUUGGUGUCGACUAAAACAAGUGUAUCUCCAGAGAUCGCUUCAGUGAUCAUCGGUGUGAUACAGUUGUUGGCUAGCUUCUUCACUGCGUCCAUCAUUGAUCGGUUUGGACGCAAGCCCAUUUUGUCCACCAGCGUCAUCGGCAUCAGUGUCGGUAUGAUUGGCUUGGGCACUUUCUUUUUCAAAACAUCUGAAAGCGACGUAGUCGAUGGAUUCUGGAACUAUCUGCCGCUUGUUUCAAUCGUCAUAGCUGUCUUCAGCUACAGUGCUGGUCUCGGCUCACUGAUGUUCCCGCUUAUAGCAGAACUAUUCGACGGCAGAUCGCGAGCUCUUGGAAUGUUUUUCGGCGUAGUAUCAGUUUUCGUCGCCACAUUUAUUUUAACCCUUUCUUUCACAUCUUUAGCCAAUGCCAUUGGUGCCGCUUAUACAUACUGGUUCUUUGGUGUUAAUUGUUUAAUAUUCUUUGUAUUUAUUGUUUUGUUUGUGCCAGAAACGAAGGGAAAGACGUUUGCGGAAAUUCAGGUGCUGCUAGGAGUAAGACCUGCCGAGUCGAACAAAGAUGUAGAGAAAUUUUGAAUGCAGAUUGUUUUGUUUAACAUUAAAAUAAAGUAUCAGUUCUGUAAAA